AUGGAUGAAGCAAUUGUUAGUGAAAAGCAGUAUGAAGCUUGUUCUCUACAUGUUACACAACAGUAUCAUCAUCUCUACUCUAGAAGUAGUACCACACCUAUAUUAUCUAAACCGUCUGCGCCUGGUCUUAUUCUGGCAUCUGGUGUUUUAGGUAAAAGUUUGAAUGGAGAUCUUGAUAUCUUUAUGUCCUCUGACGCUGGCUAUACAUGGCAUCAGGUAUUAGAUGGUAUUUUUAUGUAUUCGUUUGGUGAUCAUGGUGGUAUUAUUGUGGCUGUACCACAGUAUGAAAUAACCAAUAAAGUUUACUAUUCUACAGAUGAAGGCAUGACAUGGGAUACAUACAAAUUUGUAGAAGAAAAAGAUAAAAUCAUAAUUUAUGGUUUGUUAACAGAACCAGGGGAGACAACUAGUAUAUUUUCUAUAUUUGGUUCUCACACAGAACGUCAUAGUUGGUUGAUAGUACAGCUUAAUGUUACAUCAAUCUUCAAAGGUGUAAUGUGUCAAGAUAUAGAUUAUAAGGACUGGUCUCUACCAGAUAAAGACAAUCAUGGAUGUUUAUUGGGUAGAAAGAUAGAAUAUGAACGAAGAAUACCACACGCUAGAUGUUUUAAUGGUCAAGACUAUGUUCGAGAUAAGAAGGAAUUGAAUUGUUCUUGUACAAGAGAAGAUUUUGAAUGUGAUGUUGGUUUCAAAGAUCAGAAUGGUGUAUGUAUUGUGGACGGAACAGCUGGUGGUAAUCAAAUUCCUACUAAUUGUCCGGAGGGUACUUACUACCCUUACACAAGAGGAUAUCGAAGAGUGGCUGGUGAUACUUGUGAAGGAGGAGAAGCACAUAGAUAUUCCCCCUUACAAUAUUCCUGUCCCAUCAGAGAAAGACAAGAGUUUAUUCUGUAUACUACAAGACAGGCGAUUGGUCGUAUAACAUUAGAUGAUAGUCAUAAUGAGAUACUAGUCAACGCAGGACUGAUGGAUGUAACAGCUGUAGAAUUUGAUUAUCAUGAUAAUUGUGUAUAUUGGGCAGACAUCACUGAAGAUAAGAUUAAAAGAUUGUGUUUAAACGCUAAUGAAAACCGAACUGUUACAAAUAUAGUAAGUUCUAAACUACAAACAGUAGAAGCUCUAGUUUAUGACUGGACAGCUAAGACUAUAUAUUGGGUAGAUAGUGAGGCUAAAACAAUAGAAGUAGCUACAAGAAAUGGAGAUUUUAGACGUAUCUUGAUAAAUGAGACUCAUCUUGAUCGUCCCAGAUCCAUAGCGAUUAAUCCUCGACAUGGUUUGAUGUUUUGGACCGAUUGGUCAGCUGUUAAUCCAAGAAUUUGUCAAGCUUGGAUGGAUGGAACUAAAACUUCAAUUAAAACUGUUGUCAAUGGAAGCUUAAUUCAGUGGCCAAAUGGGUUGACGAUUGAUAUUCAAUCUGAAAAGAUUUACUGGACAGAUGCAGGAAAGCAUACAAUCAUGUCUGCUGAUUUUAAUGGCGGGAAUCGUGAGACCUUGGUCCAAGGCUUGUAUUAUGUUCCUCAUCCCUAUGCCAUAGGAGUUUAUAAAAAUAACAUAUAUUGGACUGAUUGGGGCAAACAGGCUGUAUUAACGGCUGACAAGUCAUCUGGUAAUGGUCUAGAUACCAUCAAAGCUAAUCUAGAGGGUGUGGCUGAUAUGAAGAUCAUCUCGCAUACAUCACAACAGGUGAAGGGAGCAUGCAGUCCUGGUAAUAGAGGGUGUUCCCAACUAUGUUUACCCCGACCCCAUCCUACACUAACUGGCAGUUUAAAUAGAACAUGUAAAUGUGGCACUGACUAUCGUCAUUCCCUCAACCCAAGUACUGGAGAUGAGACAUGCUUUUGUGAUGGGAAUAAAAGUUUUCGUAAUGGGACCUGUGUCGAUAAUAAUGGUACUACAUGUUCUGCAAAUCAGUUGACUUGUAGUAAUUCACUGUGUAUACCAUUAACAUGGAAAUGUGACCAUGACAACGAUUGCGGAGAUGAUACAGAUGAAAAGGAUUGUCCUUAUUCUACAUGUAGUCAUGAUCAGUUCACUUGUGCAAGUGGACGAUGUAUACCUAGACAUUGGCAUUGUGAUUAUGAAGAUGAUUGUAAUGACAAUUCUGAUGAAGCGAACUGUACUAGAAUUUAUCCUAAUUGCACAGACAGUCAGUUCCGGUGUAGUAAUGGGCGUUGUAUUUUAAAAUCUUGGAGAUGUGACUAUGAUGACGAUUGUCACGAUGGAUCUGAUGAAACAUCAUGUGUUUAUGAAAACAGAUGCCGGUCAUUGGAAUUCAACUGUAGCAGUGGUCAAUGUGUUAAUAACAAUCAACGAUGUGAUGGAAUAGCAGAUUGUGAUGACAGCAGUGAUGAAACUGAUUGUGGAAACAUUAGUUGCAGUCCAUGGAAAUAUAAAUGUACUUCUGGACGUCAAUGCAUAUUUCGAACGUGGGUUUGUGAUUCAGAGGAAGAUUGCACAGAUAGCAGUGAUGAAGAAAAUUGCACAAUGACAACCAUACCACCACAAACUUCAACUAAACCAAGAACAUGCAGUGAGUGGAGAUGUAAUAAUUCGUUCUGUAUUUCCUAUUCAUCUCUUUGUAAUGGAAUCAACGACUGUGGGGAUAACUCUGAUGAAGAAGAUUGUGGUCUGAUUUCUACUACAUCAUUACCGAUUACAACACCUGGGCAUGAUUGCUUUAAUGAUGAAUUUGUGUGUCGUAAUGGUCAAUGUUUACACUCGUCACAAAGAUGUAAUGGUAUUGAUGAUUGCAGUGACAACUCUGAUGAAUUUGAAUGCACUAUGACUUGUCAAAAAUACCAGUAUCAUUGUAACCAAUCUUCCUCAUCGGAACGUCAUUGUGUUUGGGAAUCGUGGAUAUGUGACGGAGACAAAGAUUGCCCUCAUGGUGAAGAUGAAAGCAACUGUGAAGAUACAACUCCUUGUGUUGGUUCAGAUGUUUUUUCAUGUCAAUACAGUGAAGGGUGUCUUUAUAAAACACUGAAAUGUGAUGGUAUUGCACAAUGUGCUGAUGGAAGUGAUGAGCACAACUGUCCUGGACACACAACGCCAGCAACAAGUAGUCAAAAACCAAAUAUAUGUGAUCCAAAAGUGUACUAUAGUUGUCUGGACAUGUGUAUAUUAUGGCCUUAUACAUGUGAUAACAUCAGACAAUGUCCAGACGGCAGUGAUGAAGAAUUACCAAGAUGUCUAACUCACAAUCAGAAGGUAUCAUUGUUACAUUUUGUAAAUGUAACAUCAAACUCUUUGUCUAUAGAAUGGGUUCCUCCGCCAAAUGUAGCACAUUACAUUGUCUCUGUGUGGGAAGCUGAUAAUAAUAGUUCUGGUAGAAACAUAACAGUGUCUAGUUCUCUGUAUACCAUAAAAAAUCUCCAUCCUGACACCCGUUAUAUGUGGACUGUAUAUGUUGUGACUUCUGAUAAUAUCGCAAAUAGUGCUGCAAAAAUUGGUAAAGUUAAAACUUAUGAGGCAGCUUCUUCAAAACCGUCCAAUUACCAUUGUGUCCAAUCCUCUACUGAUGGUGUGACUGCUGUAUCAUUAACCUGGGAUAAGCCAAAAAAUCCAAAUGGAAAAAUAAAUAGUUAUGAGGUACAUUAUAAGAAUUUGAAAACAUAUGAAACCAAGCAUAUUACUGUUGCUGCCAAUAGUAGAGCAUUUAAACUGACUGACGAUGAAUUGAUGAAUAAGAACGAAUAUUCUAUUUGGGUAACGGCUCAGAAUUCAGCUGGCGAAGGGGAUAAAACAACUCCAGUAAAUAUUACUUUCACAGAAGCUGCCAUUGCUGCUGUCAAAAUAAGUAAAGUUGUAACCACUAACGUAACAGCACAGAUAAAUUGGAGUCCUGUCAAGACCACUACAAAAUAUAAUAUUUAUAUCAUGUACACAGAGAAAGAAUAUGGUGUAACUGAAAGAGUUCUCACUUCAACUAAUCCUUCUAUAAAAAUUGAUCAGCUUUGUCCAGGACAUUCUUAUGAUGUUAGAAUUCAGGCUAUCACCAAAAAUGGACCAGGACCUUUUGGUAACAAACAAAUUAAAACUAAAGGUGAAAGGUUGGGACGUCCAAUGAUUACUAAUAUCACUAAAUCUGGUGCAACAGAAUUCAUUAUACAGUUUUCACCACCGCACGGAUUUGAGAAGAAGGGUCUGAAGUACGUAAUCUACUAUCAAGAGAGAUCUAACAUAGAUGUCUUAUCUUUAACUGGAACCAGUAGACUAGCCACAACAGUGUUAACAAAAACAAUAACUGGCUUACAAGCUUGUGAGUUGUAUUUCUUUAGAGUUGGCAUAGAAUCUACUACAUGUUCGCUCAGUAUACCCAAAACUAUGAAAACUGACGAAGAUGAUUUAGCCGAACCAAAAGAUCUAAGUUUUAAAUUUGGUUGUUCUAAUAAAUCAACACAGGUUACUUGUAUUACUCUGACUUGGCAUUCACCAUGUAGUUAUAGAAAGACAUUAAUUCCACUGAAGUAUCAUAUUGAGAGGAGUGAACGAAAUAAACCUGUGGUUCAUGUUUUAACGGCACCAUACACCGAAAAUGAAAUAUCUGAUACUAUCUCAGAUUUAGCCCGAGGAGCAACAUACAGAUUCCGUGUUCGAACAAAUGUUGCUGGCUCCAGGAACUCCAGACCAUUGACUGUCAUCAUCCCACCCUAUGCUGCCGUUGAUGAUCUCAUUGUACACAUUGAAAAACGUGGUUUGUUGAAGUUGUCAUGGAAGAUGAAUAGUGGAGAUAAACCAUCAGCUCAAUCAAUUAAAGGCUAUGAAGUAACUAUCAAGAGAGAGGGCGACCGUAAAUAUCUGGUAAAGAAUAUGACCCAGCAAACAGAACUCCUAGUUAAAGCUGAAUUGGAAUUUGUUUAUAUUUUCUGUGUUAAAUACCAAACUAAGGAUGGAUAUUAUAGUGCUGUAGCUAACCUAACCUUUCCAUAUUCCAACACCACAAGAGAUUCAAGUGUUCCACAAUCUGAUGUUUUAAUCAGUAAAACAAACCUGGUUGCUAUAGCAGUGCCUAUCAGUCUUAUUAUUGUUAUCUUAAUUACUGUACUGGUUGUCAUGGCAGUACGUCAUAGACGUUUACAGAGAAGUUUUUCAGCGUUUGCUAAUUCUCAUUAUGAUACACGAUCUGGUACAACUACCUUCUCUAGUGAAGAUUUAGGAGAUGAAGAUACUCCCAUGAUUCAAGGCUUUUCAGAUGAUGAACCCCUUGUCAUGGCUUAAAGUCCAACACAAUUUGAUAACAGAGGCUACAUUUUUAUAAUUCAGACAGUCUCUGUUAAAGUUAGUAUGAUAGCAGAGAUUGCAUUUGUCCAAUUGAAGGUAUUUUAAUCACCCAAAACAAUUAAGAUUUGAUGAUAUAGUUGAUUUAUUAUAACAGUGAUGAAAAUGCAAAAUCUGUUCUUGAUGAAGUUCUAACCAGAAAUAUUUUCCCUGUAAAGAUGAUUUGUAAAGAUGAUUAAAAUGCCGAAAUGGGAGUAAAAUACUUUUUUGGUAGAAAUUAAAAAAAAAAAGAAAUUUUUAUUAUUUUGCAUUCACAUUGCUUUCUUUUACUAAAUUAUCUGUUAUAUUGCUUCUUGAUAAAACCACCUUCAGAUGCAUUCUGUAAAGACAGUGUGAUAACAAAGACUAGAUUAUAUCUGUUAUCCAGACAGAUUGUAAAUUGAGAUCUGAUUAUUUUAUGAUAAAUUAGAUCUAUAUAAAGUGUUUUGUAUAACACAUAUAUAUGCAGUUGACACUCUAACCUAUUGUUUGUAUUUAGAUUCAUAUUUUCAGUUAGAAUCACAUGUUAGUAAAUGUAGGCCAUUUAAAACCAAAUCUGGACAGCAUCAUUCAUUUGAUCAGAAAAGUAAAAAAAAAAAGUUUUCUUUCGAACUUCAUUAACCUCGGCAGAAAUGAAAGUAAUGAAAAUUUAUUUUAUAACUUAAGGUCCUUCUCCUUUCUUUUAAUUUUAAGGAGUUAUUUCCAUUCAUUGUGAAAAUUAAACAAAACUUUCUGAGGAAUAGAUUUCUUUCAAUAAGUUGAAAAAGAAAAUUCUAAUUUUAUAGACUACAUAGAGCCCUUUCUAUUAAAUCUGAUGAAAAAUAUACAUGUACAGGACAUGUAUAGCAUUACAGACUGAAAAUUGUGUCCUGCAUGCGAAUAUUACAAUUCUAAGUGAAAAUUUAGUCUAUUUUUCAUUUGUCUAAUUUGUCAAGUAAUGUUAUAUAUUUGAGAUUUUAUUGUUACAAAAAAUUGAAAUGUAUAUUUUGGAACAAGUGGGAAAUUCCAGUGUUCUGUCAUUGUCUUUUUACUUACAUGUAGAUUUCUCACUUUGUCUUAGAAUAUAUAUAUUUUAUUGCUACCAAAAAUUUACCAGGGCCCAAUAACAAAUAUAUAUCUUUCUGAUUUGUCGAUUUGUCAGUUAAUUAAAUAUAUGGAAGACUGUUUAUGAGAGAACUGAACUAAACUACCGGGCUAAAGAAACUUGACACUCCGUGUACAUGUUGAAUAAAACCAAAGACAGUUUUGAUUUAAACGAUGAAGCAAAGAUCAAAUCAUUUACAUUAGUAUACUGGCCACAAGUCAGGGUUAAAGAUCAAUGGGGUCUAGAUAAACAAUUACACACACAUGAGUCAAGGACCGAAGGAGAAGCCCUCGAAUAAGUCCUUAUGCAGUCUGAUCAUUUGACAAGACAACAUUAAUAUCAUGUGUGGCCGACUUGGGCAUUGAUACAUGCCAAAACGUUUCUCUUCAUGGAUGUCAUCAGUCGUCUUAUGUCAUUGGGAAUCCUUUGUCAUUCUUGAAAUAAAGCUUGCUAAAGCUGAUGUUGGUUUGAGGGAGGAGGUGUCCGUUGCCUCAGUUGCCGAUCACGAUGAUCCCAGAGGUGCUUUAUUGGGUUCAUGCUGGCCAAAAUAUGUGGAUGUUAACAUUGUCCAAAUAAUCACGGACCAGUCUGGCGGUAUGUGGUCAGGCAUUAUCAUGCUGCAAAAUGGUAACCAUGUGUUGCUGUUGCAUGAAUGGCACUAUCACGGGAUGCAGAACAUUCAUCUCUGUAUCUUUGGCCGGUCAGGUUUCCACGGAUGAUAACAAGCCUUGUUGUCUGCAGGUCACAAAUCCCUUCAUAUAUCAUAACACCACCUCCACCAUAAGGAUGAACAUCUUGAGUGUAGUUAGGUGCCAGUCUCUCCCCUCUACGGUGAUAAACAGGAACCUGACUAUUAACUGUGAAGAGCAAACUUUUCCAAUCACGCCGCCAUCGUCGUACAGUUUUUGCCCCUUGUAGACCAAUAAUGUAGAGCCGUCGAGAGACAGUGUGUUCAGAUUUUUCGUGACUGCACGAAAUUCAGCACAUCCUGCAUUCAGUGACUGUGAUGUGUACAGACUACAGAGUAUAUUUUGUCAAAUGUCUAAACUUAUUGCAACAUUAUUUAUAGAUAAAAGUAGAUUUACAUGUGUCACCUUCCUUUUGCCCGGUAGUUUUUAAUUUCCAUGUUAUAUUGUUACAACAGUCAUGGAUUUGUAGCAGAGUUGAAACAUUGGAUUCUUUGCUAAGUUGACAUUCAAACUAAGAACAUUAUGGGGAACUAAUUUUAAAGACUAAUAUUUCAGGAUACAUAGGAAUACAAUUGUAGAACCCAGGGGAAGAACGAUCUAAGUCACAUUUUUGUCUUUUGGCAUAAAUGGAAAAACAGACUUUUGGAUGAGAAUGUUUGACGCGAACAGAACAACGAGUGGGUUUAAUUACAACUUCAAAAUGAUGCUUAAUAUGAACCAUAAUUAAUUACCAGUACAACUAACUUCAACUUUUCAGGCAAAUUAAGGUUAAAUAAAGGGUACGAUGGACUUGUAUUUGUCCGGGAGGCCAUUUCAGAAGGGCCUUGGUUCAAUGUGACUCUGAUCGUUUUUACCUGAAAUAGAUUGUUCCACAGAAAGCUUAUACAAUUUGCUACCAGAUGGCGCCAUUAAAUGGGGUUCAUUGAAAAAGUCACUAAGAUCGUUCUUCCCCAUGACUCCUCUUCAAUUGUGUGAAAAUAAAUGUUAAUUCUGAGAUGUUAAAAUUUACUUGAAAACAAACCUACCAUUACCUAGAUCUCUUAUUGAAUACAUACCAAAUUUAUGCUUAAUUUAUUUUAUGAAUAUGUAAAUGUAUGGAAAACUAUAAAACACAAAAUAAACCAUAUGAAUAAAUUAUGCAAAUUAUGUUUAUUAUUAUGGUUAUUAUUGUGUUGUGAUUUCAUUAUGAUUUGUAAAGGGUGGGGUGGAGGCAACAUAUUAAUUAAUUUUUAAAUUAUUUCUGUUAAUUAUGUGUAUAUAGAAGAAGUAGAUGUUACAUAUAUUUGAUAAAGUCUUAUGACAAUGAAUACCACUAAAAGCCUGAAGUAAAUGUGAAAUUGAUACCUUAUGCAAUUUUUCUUGUUUCGCUUUUAUUAUAAUUUAAAAUCUCAAAAAAAGUUUUCUUGCCAUUAUGGCUAAAGCUGUUAUUAUCUCAGUAAGAAUAAUUUGGAUGUGAUAAUUAUUGUUUCUGCCUACUGUAAAUAAUGUGUUUAUUUUCUUAUAUGAAGGGAGAUUUUUUUAGUUUUGGAUACUUUAUUUCUUUUCCUCUUGUGUAUACCUCCUGUUUUGAGAUCUUGAGAUAAAAAUUUAUUUUUAUGUUUUAAUUUGCAUAUCAUUACUGUGCUUUCAUUUUUUAUGCUUCUGUAUUAUCAUGUAAAUUUUUUAAUAUGUUUGUUUUUAUACUAUUAUUUUUUUUGCUUUAGGUAUAUUAACUUUGUAAAUUUCUUUUUUUCUAGUAAAUAUUCUCUAUUUUCUUAUAUUGGUACUUUAGAUAAAGGUAUUUGCUCAGGUCACCAACAUUAUUCUUAUAGGUCAUAAGAGAUUAAGAGGAUUACCUUGUUAAUUAGCAGGUAAUGAGGAGUUAUAUUAUCCUUUACUACUUUAUUGUGAACUAUUGUUUUGUGAAACCUAUAUACUAUGUAUUUGGUAAUAAACAAAGAAACAAACAAUCCAGUUACCUCUAUACGGCCUUAAUCUGUCAUGACCUAUAAAAACAAUGUCGACACCCUGAGAAGAUUCCUAGGGUUAUAUACACCAAUAUUAAUAUCAAAAGAACAUGCUAAUUAAAGAAUAUAUCUAAGAUAUGUUUUCAUAAAUCCCUCUUUACUCUUAGAUAGCUAUAAAUUAUAGAUGCAGAGUACCAGUUUUAAACUAAAUUGAACAUAUCGCAUGAUAUACAUAUUAUUUCAAUAUAAGUUUUGAGAGAUCAAAAUUAUACUUCAUGUUCUGGUUCUUGAAGUUUUAGUUUCAAAUUAGUAAGUUUUGAAAUUUUAAGCAAAACAUUGUUCACAGGACUUCUGUGGCUAAUUUUCCUUAUUAAGGUCCGAAAAAACUGAAAAUUAAAUUGGUUUGACCUAGAUGUAUAUUUGUUAAUGUAAGAUAUAUAUUUACUGUUAUUAUUAACUGUUAUGUAUGUAUAUAUUGGUGAGGAAUGAAUAUGUAUAUAUUGGAAUAGAUCAGGCGCCUUGGCAUACCGGUAUAUAAACUCAGAUUAUGUAAAUGUGAUAAAUAAUGUUAAUAAGUGCAGUACCAUUCCCCCCAAAAAAUUUUGGGAACUUUUGAAACAUUUUGUAUGAAAAGGAAGCUUAUUUAACUGUUUAUGCAUAAAGAAUUGAAUAUUCAACAGGGCACAAUAUAUCUGAUAUCAUCAUUAUAUACAGUAUUGAAAAUUGUUCUUUCCAAGUAAAGGCGAUGAUAUAUGUCUCAAUGUUAUUUAGUAUCUGGAAUAUGGUCGAUCAUGCACAAGCAUUUGUGAAAACAUUUCCUCAAAUUAUUACCUAAAAGCUCAGGAAUAUUACACAGUUGCACUAAAUGCAUAUAGAAAAAAAUGAAAAACAUGUAUUUUUUUCUUGAGUAUUUUGAAGGAAGUUAUAGUCAUGUUAUUUAUGCAAAGUGAAGAUAAUCUGGGGUUUUAUCUUUGUAAAAAAUAUCUUUAAAUACAAACCCAGGUAUAUUAAUAAGAUCUGGAUUAAACAAGGUCAUAAGUGAGGGUUUCAAAAUUAAUUUUAAUAUAAGGUUUUUUUGUUUUUUCAAAUUUUUUUGUUGCUAAAUCUGAAUGAAAAGAAAUGUCAUUUAAUAACCAUUUUUAUGCAUGUAUUUAAUUUAAGUUCAAUUUUGAUAUUUAGAAUGAAAAGUGAUAAUAUUCCUUAAAAUAUGAAAUGAAUCUUCUCAUUUUACAUAGUUAUUUAUGGAAAGCCUGAAGAUAUGUCUGUUUCAUUUAACAAGUUUGAACCCAAGACCUAUUCAGUAGUUUAUCUCCCUUGUGCCUUUUGUCCUAAGAUAAUCUGGGCCAUGUUCAGUAGAACUAAACAUUGCAGUCUUGAUUACUGAAAAACAAUAACCUAACUAUAGAUGUCUGUGUGUUUUGUUGAACAUGGCCUGAUUAUGAAAACCGUCCUACCAAAUCAAGAAGUUUUUUUUUUUUUAUAUUCCAAUCAAGAUCUGUUAUUGUGUGUGUGACGCAAGUUUUUGUGGGUGGGGUUCAAAUAUGAUACAUCCUUUAAGAUUGUAAUGACAUUAAGAUAACUCACUAUGUUUGUGAAAUUAGAGUACUGUAAACAUGUUCAUUCAAAUUAUUAAUCUGUAACAUGCUAUCACCCUUAACAAUUUACCAGAAAAAAAAUUAAAAGCUUAUAGAAUCAUCAUCUACUUUUAUUAAUAGUAGAUAUCAGCAUAUUAUAGACUUAUUCUCUAAAACUGUCACACCACAAAAACAAGGAUUUCCUUAAAUCUGCUUAAUGAUAAAAAGUGCGAAAAGUUGCAUCAAAUUUUCUGGAAUAUUGUAAAGGAGCAAGGCUGGGCCUACUUUAACAUUGGCCAUUUUUGAGAAAAAAGUUGUUUUUGAAAAUAAGUCUGAGAGAAUUUUUUGUUAUAAUUCUAUAUAAACUAUAUAUCUGUAGACUAUUUUACAUUGCUAAUAUUAUUAUAAUAAACCAGGCAGAUUUCAUAUAUAA